AUGGAGCCCCAAUAUGUGUGCUUUGAAAAAUCUCCCUCGGAUAGAGAUGUCCAUGGCAACUUGGAAAUACCAAGUCGGGCAGAUUAUGUGCUGGACCGAAAUGGGGUCAUUCGUGUAACUGACCGAGACAGAAUCACAUAUGAAUUCAUAGCCUCAGUAAGGGCAGAUCAGAGGCGUUCUCUGAGCUUUUGCACUGCGUCUUCAAAUCG